AUGGCGGGACUUUCACAAGAAGAUCGCAACAUUAUCAAGAACCAUCCUCUAACCAACUCAGUCAAUCAUUUACAAGGUGUGCUUCAGGAAGCUGAAAAAAUCUAUGAGUCACGCCUAAUUUCCUAUGAUGGCGCUGUUGAUAGCCUUGACCAACUCUAUCGAAAUGCGAUUUCAAAACUCCUGUCUGCUUUACAGGGAGAGGAUGCAGCUUACAAACUUCGCUCACAGAUAAGUGAUAGAAAAUUGGUGUCUGAUAUAGCACACUUAGUCGAGCGUCUCCAAAAAGCAAAAGAAAACUUCAAGUACGACGACUACCAACCGCUGGUGCACCUGGUUAUUCAAAGGCCUCCCACUGAAUCCCAGAACACCGAAUCCUGGAACUUCGAUGUCUGGAAAGUUGUAUUUAACCUCAUUGACAACAUCCCUCGAUCAACUCCUCCGGCGAGCGUUCCUCCCUCCUUUGACGGCACGCCAGUCAAAUCCACCUCAUCAUCGCAGAAAGGUUCCGAGCAGACGUAUGCCAUCUGCCGACGCGUGCUGGGCCCGGACAGCGACGGUAACUGGGCUCAGUUUCCCGAUCCUCCUACACAGAAUGAUGUCCUCGCCUGGUGGUUUCGCCUUCAAGAAGACCUUCUCCCGGAAUCACGCGGCAUCUACUACACCACAGCGAGCAAAGCGGAUCUUACUGGUUCGAAGGCGGAACGGCAAGUCGACCUUCUUUUGCGAGCUAGGAGUGGGACCCCCUCGCAAAACAAACACGACUGGAGAGACAUCCUGGUAGUUGGCGAGCUCAAAAAAUCCAUGGAGGAGAUCAAGACCAAGGGCACUCUGCUCCAGAUGAGCCGCUACGUGCGCGAGGUCUUUACCGCCCAGCCCACCCGGCGGUUCAUCCACGCGUUCGCCGUCUGCGGGACCAAGAUGGAGGCGUGGGUGUUCGACCGUUCGGGUCCCUAUAGCUCCGGCGUCAUCGAUGUCUACGAGGACUCAAGACGGUUCUUUCAGGUGCUUGUUGGCUACGCCAUGAUGAGUGAUGAGGAACUAGGACUGGAUAGUUUUAUUGCUAGGGAUGAAGACGGCAACAAAUCAAUAACCGUCAAAGAGCCUGGAACCCCAGACGAAAAAGUACUGCGGCUAGGUAAAAUACUUUCCUUUCAACAUGCCAUUCCAAAUUCUCGUGGGUGUCGGACAAGCGGCGGCCGGAGGUGGAACUCCUCGAGCUAG